GUUAGUGUGAAUAAUAAACGGUGUUAGUGUGAAUAAUAAACGGUGUUAAUGAGAAUGAUGUUAGGGUCAGUAAUAAACGGUGUUAAUGAGAAUGGUGUUAAUGAUCUUCACCCCUCUUGACCGUCACUGUCCUAGCGGAGCCGCUUCAGACGAGUGGGCGGGGCUUCCGGGGAGACAGUAAUGGGCGGGGCUUGUGAGGAGCGAGGGACGGAUAAAGCGUUGAGUCUCAUUCAGGCUCUGUGUGCCCGGGUUAGUCUCUUCUCUCGGAGCACAAUGGUCAGUCCCCGCGUCUCUCCGACGUGCCACUCUCAAUAAACUAAAAAAAAACAACAACCCACCUCGUGCUGCUGUGAGCCGAACCCAUGUGUGGACUAGGAGCUUUGUGACAGGGCUGGGAGAGGGAGGAGAGCUGUAUCCGUGUGGAGAACAGUGCUCUUGUGUAGGGUCGCGGCGCGCCAGGCGCCCUGAUGCUGCCAGGGAAAAAAAUCGCCAUUGUCCAACAAAAAGCGCUAGCUAGCAGCUAAAUCCCUGGCUUACACACAAGAAACAUGACUUCGACGCUGCCUCACGUCCUUUCCCUCCUCCUCCUCCUCCUCCUCAGCAUCCAGACCGCCGUUUCAUUCGAGGUGACGAUACAGGAUGACGACUGCAUCGCGAUGACUCUCGAACCUUCAGAUCUGAGGGAUAACAUCAUUGCGUAUGCUGCCAGGAUAUCUGGAGAGCCUCGCACCCACAUCCUGCCCUUCCAGAGUACCAGCGAUGGCCAACUGGCUCCUGCUGUCCUUCUUUAUAACACCACGUACCAUGGGCUCUGUUACACCAUCAGCCUUGUACUCGCCAACGGCUCCACGUGGACCAAGCCGGUCAAGACUGUGACCCUGCUCACAAAGCCUCUUCCAUUGGAGAGCGUGCAGAUUUCAGACUACCAGCCAGCUCCGGAGACCGGCGUGGUGUUCGAGCUGCGCUCGCCGGAGAGAAACAGCUUCAGCCGGGUGAACAUCAGCUACUCCGAGGGCAGAGAGCGGCGCUUCAUGCUCUACAAAGAUUUUCAGAAAGGCAAAACGGUUUUUAAGCACUGGUUGCCUGGGACGUGCUACAGCAACAUCACCUUCCAGCUCAUCUCCGAAGCCACGGUCAACAAAAGCACCCUGGUGAAAAAGAGCGACGUGAUCCACGAGCCACACCGUCACAGGACAGUACCCAACCCUCCUCUCAACGUGUCCCUGAAGAUCCUCCACCUCAAUGAAGGAGGCUUGCCUGUGACUAACUGGCGCGAUAAGGCGUCCCCUGACGCCCGUCUGCCACGAAAGGCUCGUGAAGUCCCCCUAAUGGAGGAACAGCUAGAAACAGAGGCGCGAGACAAACAGGAAGACCCCAGACCCGACGAGGAGUUGCAGUCGGUCACCCAGGGACCUCUUGCUACCGCUGAGAGCCUAAACAGCAGCACAGAAGCGCCAUUUGUUAACGCCGUAAAUGCAUACACACCUACAGAAAGCGUCCCCGCUAACACCAGCGACGUGUCCGAGAGCAGGAACUCCACUGCUUCGUAUUGGCCAACGGGAGGUCCCUCCCCCGCCGAAGGGGAGUAUGAGUUUGUGAAUGGAGUGGCUCCAGAGUACGAAGACUUGAAGGAGUUGGGCUCAGCCAUGGAUCUCAGCCCAGAGCCCACUGACGGGUCCAACAGACCGCCUUCGAUUCGGCUGGAGCUUCGCUGGCUGCCUCCUCCGCCGCCCGCCACGACCGACGGCUUUAACGUCUACGUCUCUCGAGACGGCGACCCGACCGAAACGGCGGUAGUGGACGAGAACACUCACGAGUUCUUUACCGAGCUGUCGGAGGCUGGGACGUACCGUGUUCUAGUCACCUCCGUCAGCUCCUCAGGAGAGUGUGAGCCCCGAGAGAGCGCACCACAUCGAGGAUUCACCUUCUACCUCAGUCCUACCGGCGAGUGGCUGGAGCAGCCCAAGGAGCGUCCACGGGCGGUGAGUGUGAAAAUGCUGGGGAAGAGCACGGCCUCCGUAUCCUGGGCUCCGUCCACGCAGAGCCACAACGGCAGCCUCGUCUCAGUGGUAUCUCUGACGUGCCUCAAGCCCAGCCUCAGCCAGCGCAUGGAGACCACCUACUGCUCUGAGGAAAACACCACCAGUGACAUCAUCGCUAACCUGACUCCUGGUGCUCAGUACAGAGUGGUGGUUUAUCACACCAACGGACCCCUGAUCAGCCCCCCCUCCGAACCAGUCAUUAUUGAUAUCGAGCCAACAGGAGUGCGAGACCUGGUGGUGUACCCCCUGAGUCCCACGGCAGUCAUUCUGAGCUGGCAGAGGCCGUACAACGUGGCCUUCCGCAAAUACGUGCUGCAGACCUUUUACUUCAACUCGGCCAUGCAGACCGCCCAGUGGACCACGUACUACGAGAUCGCUGCUACCGCCUCCGUCAUCGCCUCUGUGAGAGUGACAGAUCUCUUGCCUGCAUGGUACUACAACUUUAGAGUGACCAUGGUGACCUGGGGUGACCCUCCUCUCAGCUGCUGUGAUGGAUCCACCGUGAGCUUCGUUACAGCCCCUGAGGCACCCCACAUCUCCUCAGUGGAUUACUCCCACGGGGUACUGUACGUGCGCUGGACCUACGGCGAUCUCUUCACCGAUCUGUCCCACUCCAGGAUGCUGCACUGGCAGGUGCUGGCUGAAGGAAAGAAAGGCUCCAGGAGACGCUUCUCUACAGAUGUGAUGCGCAACGUAAUGAAGGCUGCGCUUGCGCUCCCUCCCGGUGACAUCUACAACCUGACGGUCACGGCUUGUACGGAACGCAGCCGCAACACCUCCAUACCCCACAUCCUGAAACUGGAUCCAGCACCUCCCAAGUCCCUGUACGCGGUCAACGCGACACACUCUGCCGUCACUUUGCUCUGGACCGAGGAGGGAGUAGUGGACUUCUACCAGGUCAGCUGCAGGCAACUCGGGCCCAUCACACAACUCAAGGCUGCUGAGCCCCAGACUGCCCACUCCCAUGUGGUAACUGUGAACAACCUGCAGGCCUCCACCUCCUACAACUGCAGCGUGAUCAGUUACAGCUACAGCACACCCAGCGAACCCACCUACAUUACCAUCAGCACUCUGGCUCAGGAGAUGAACCCCAGCAUAGCUGCUAUCUCAGCACUGGCUGUGCUCAGUGUGCUACUCAUCAGCCUUCUGGUGCUCUUUCUACUGGUGCUGCGCAAAAAGCACAUGCAAAUGACCAGGGAAUGCGGGGCAGAAACCUUCGUCAACUUCGCCUCCUUUGAGCGUGAUGGGAAACUUCCUUACAACUGGCGAAGGAGCCUCUUUGCCUUCCUUACUCUUCUGCCAUCCUGCCUUUGGACUGACUAUCUUUUGGCUUUUUAUAUUAAUCCAUGGAGCAAGACUGCUCUAAAGAAAAGGAAGCUAACAAGCCCAGUGCAGCUGGAUGACUUCGAGGCCUACAUUAAAGACAUGGGCAAAGACUCCGCGUACAAGUUCUCCCUGCAGUUCGAAGAGCUGAAGAGUGUUGGCCUGGACCUUUCCCACGAUGCCGCAGAUCUGCCAGUAAACAGACCCAAGAACCGCUACACCAACAUCUUACCCUACGACUUCAGCCGUGUCAAGCUCAUCUCUAUGCACAAUGACGAAGGCUCCGACUACAUCAACGCGAACUACAUUCCAGGCUACAAGUCACCGCGUGAGUACAUCGCCACGCAGGGGCCGCUCCCGGAGACGCGCAACGACUUCUGGAAGAUGGUGAUGCAGCAGAACUCGCGCGUCAUCGUCAUGCUGACUCAGUGCAACGAGCGGCGCAGGGUGAAGUGUGAUCAUUACUGGCCGUUUACGGACGAGCCGGUUUCCUACGGCGAGAUCACGGUGGAGAUGCUGUCCGAAAGCGAUUCUCCUGAAUGGACCGUCAGGAAUUUCCGCCUCAGCUAUGCAGACGAGGUGCAGGACGUGCUGCAUUUUAACUACACGUCCUGGCCCGACCACGGUGUGCCCACGGUGAACGCCAUCGAAAGCAUCCUGCAGUUUGUGCAGUUAGUGCGCCAGCAGGUGAACAGGACCAAAGGACCAGUUACGGUCCACUGCAGUGCUGGUGUGGGUCGUACAGGCACGUUCAUCGCGCUGGACCGGCUGAUGCAGCACAUCCGGGAGCACGAGUACGCCGAUAUACUGGGCAUGGUAUCAGAGAUGCGCUCGCAUCGACUCUCGAUGGUGCAAACAGAGGAACAGUACGUCUUCAUUCAUCAGUGUGUCCUGCUCAUGUGGAAGAAGAAAAAACAGCAGAGUCUCACCAGCGACGUCAUCUACGAGAACGUCACCAAGUCUUAAGGGCAGCCGGGACACGUGGACGCAAAAAGCUCUAACGACGCCCUGCACUCUCCUUUGCUUCAGGCAUUUAUUCUCUGCAGAAAGGCCUACUAGAUAAACACCAAAAUAAAUAAAGACUGCAGCAGAGGAGUUGAAGAAACCACCCAAGCUAUUCUACAUUCUAUUGUCUCAACCAGUGAAGGCACAAUAGGACAACAACAAAAAAAAAACACAACAACAACCAUGCCUUAAGGAAUCCACAACAACGUCCAGGCUGCUUUCUUUCAGCAGAGUCACUGCAGCGGUUCCAGAGAGAGUGUCUGUGGUUGUUUGAAGAGCGCUGGCCAAAUGGGACAAAAAACAAACAAAAAACAAACAAAAAAAAAAAAAAAAGGACUUUUAGCAUUUAGUUUUUAUUCUCAGGAUCGUCUGCAAGCACCAAUCCCGUCUGCUGUUGCUACCACACCCAGCGGAGGCGUGAGGAGGUCCGGGUGCUCGUCGUGGACGUCUCUGAGGGCGUUAGGGCGCCAGAAUUUCUGAGACUAUUUCGCAUCCAUCCAAACUCAUCAUAGUAUUAGUAUUCAUUGCCUUGGUUCCUGAAGCUGCAUCAGACUUUUCAACGGUCACACUGCCACUCCCUGGAAGGGACAUUCAGUACAAGCGCGCGCGCAUGUGUGUGUGUGUGUGUGUGUGUGUGUGUGUGUGAGCAUUCUCUACUGCUGUAUUACUCUUGAUAAGCUACUCUUUGGUACGACUACUAGAACCUGAAUAUUGGAUAUUCCCGCAUUUGCGAAACGAUAACCUUCCGAGGUGACGACCCGCACCGGUCUGUCUGGUUCCGUGUAAUUUGCACUGAUUAUCUGUAAGUGUACGCUGCGCUAUAGCGAAAAACAUGUAAGUCACGUCAUCGUACUGCGCUUCCUCUCCUGUCCUCACAACGUCUCCCGCUAGACGAACGACAUCGCCGGUUCCACAGUAGAACCAUAUCGACGCCGAGGACACGGGGUGUGCGUGCGUGUGUGUGUGUGUGUGUGUGUGUGUGUGUGUGGGGUGUAGUGGACGUUGCCAUGGCAGAGCUCUCAUAACUCUGGUGUGGAGCUGGAAUGUACGCAUCAUCCUUUCGUGUAUAAGGAAGCCUGGCUGAUGCCAAGACUUUAAACGUAAACAAAAAAACAAACAAAAAAAAAAGAAUACUCGAAAGAUUUGUUUCGAGUUCAGCUCACUUGGGUCCGACCAAACCGGAGUGUGAAACAUAUCCCGUCAUGUAGAGAUAUGUAGGAUGUAACGUCGAUUUUUUCGUUUGUUUUUUUUUUUUUUUUUUUUUUUACAGCAAAGCUGGUGAAGUCGGUCGAGUUCAUCUAGAACGUCCCGUGUUUAUGCUUACGUGUGGAAAAAGCAGUAUGGGCAAGAUAAUUACGGCAGUGGAAUUACGUACUGGUUUCAUAUCAUGUUGAAAAUGACUUCAGCACCUGUAUUGCACAUUCCCAUGUAUGUAAGUGUUGGUACUGGCGGUGUACUCUGAAGUUCAUAACUUCAGCAACAGGGGAAGAAAAUAAUAAUAAUAAUAAGAUACGGAUAUCUCCCAUAAUAAGGUACAAGUAUAAAGUCAUUCUAAACAAAUGACAUUCGGCUUAGUUUUUUUUUUAUGUUACAAAGCCUUAAAGCUGUCUCUUACUUCAUAUUAAAGAAAGAUCUUCAUAUUUAACUAUAUCUAAAACUCUUACAUAUUGCCUAUUGUACCGAGUAAUAUUCGCAUAAUAUUACGUAUAUACGCCGAGAAUUUCACCGCUCGAUUAUCCAGUCCACGACAAACCUAUACAUAGAUGGAGAAGACCUACAAAUAUAAGGGCCAGUGUUUGCUCUUCAAGUUUCACGCCUUUUUUUUUAAAUAAUAAUAAUAAUAAUAAUAAUACUUCUUUAAACGUAGUGUACGUCGAGCUUUGUCCGAUUUGUCUUUGGUGCCAUUUUUUUUUUUUUUUUUUUCGUGCAACGCAUCACUUUAAGCCUGAGCUGAGAUCACUGUUCAUCCUCUCAGUUUUAACGUGUGUGGUUAUUGGAAACGAAACAAUAAAGAAAACCUUUGAAUUAUGUUUGUCUGGAAGAAUGUUCCUUAGAGAAAUGUGUGUACCUGCUGUCUCACAGCUAAAGCCUGCCCUCUAGUGGUGCUUUCAGUUAUUUCCUGAUCCUGAUCCUGGCGUACACGCAACAGAAGCCCUGGCUCGCGUCGCCUCGCCGCAUCCGCCUUACCGUUACAGCUGUUCCUCUACAAAAGGCAAGAGCAUUAAAACACACCCAGUCACAAACCCAUGCAAGGCAGUGUAGAUCUCAUAUAGAUUUCUUUAUUCAUUCUGUAGAUCUUUACCAGUUCGAUUCUUCUCAUCGAAGCUCCUUCCGUUUAAGCGCUAGUUUAUAAUCCUAGGAAGCGUCCAGCGGGAGAUGAGGAAGUGAAAUGAGCUAUUCGUUUAGUGCUGUUUAAGAUCCUGUACGGUAUGAACAUGGCACUUGAGUCACUAAGAAUCCGGCAAAAAAUAAAAA